ACUACAAGUAGUACUCGACCAUAAGGUGUCAGGAUUGCGAAACGGUCGUGUGAUCUUCCUAGAUAUCAGCAAUAUUCAGGGCUGAUAGAAUUUAACUCUUUUCGUCUAUAUAUGUAGAUUUAAAAAUCAUGGCAAGCGUCGUUGAAAACACAUGGGCCGUGCAGAAGGGUACCAUGACCAUGUUCCUGGCAGAAAUUGUUGGUACGGCAGCAUUACUCUUCAUUGGGUGCAUGGGGUGCAUCGGUACCAUGGGACCUUCUCCUCCACCACCUCUCCAAACAGCAUUAACCUUCGGCCUCACUGUCAACCUGAUCAUUAUGAUGCUGGGUCACAUUAGUGGUGCUCACCUCAAUCCAGCAGUAACAAUAGGAGCAGUGAUUGUUGGCCUGAAGUCAAUUCCGACGGGAAUAAUUUAUGUCAUUGGACAAUUCAUCGGAGCAACCAUCGGAUACGGGACCCUGAAAAUGAUAACUCCCGAAGAUCUGUUUAACGAUGGACUGUACAAUUCAACGAGCAGUCUUUGCGUGACCGCCAUCCAUCCGAAAGUUUCAAUUGUACAAGCCAUCCUGAUCGAGACAUUUUGCACAGCUAUUAUUCUUUGCACUGCAUGUGCAACGUGGGAUCCGAGAUGUGCACACACUACGGAUUCGACUGCUCUGAGAUUUGGAUUUUCAGUCGCCGCAAUUGGUUGUGCCGCGGGUCCGUAUACAGGAUGUAGCAUGAACCCAGCCCGAACAUUUGGACCUGCAUUUUGGAACAGCGAAUGGAAAGAUCAGUGGGUAUACUGGGCCGGACCUACUUUGGGGGCAUUACUCGGAACAUACGUCUAUGAAAUCAUUUUCAAAGAGCAAACGACGUCGAAAGAAUAAUCCCAACCUGAUCCUAUUCUAGAAAUGAAGGAACUCGACGUGACAUCCUGAGGAAAAAAAAAAACAAAACUACGCAUGAAACUACAAGGACCGAAGUCACUCCGCUGGAAAUUAUUUAUUCCUACCGAAGUUACCCUAUUUAUUUGCGAAAUAUCCUCGAGUAGAUAACGCAUCGCAAGAGAAUUAUCUUGCAAUUAAGGUAUGGAUGGAUUCUUCUUACAUUUAUCAAUAACGCAUGCCAUCCAUUAAGCGUGUCCGCCGCUACUUUUAUUCUUUUGGAAAGUUAGAUAUCGUACUAUGAUAGUAAGCCGCAUAAACUCCGAUAAGACUGCAGUGAUUUCCUGCGAUUGCACGUCGAUUCCACGUGUCUAUCGCGAUCCAACAUUGAUUUGAUAAAUUUCGUCAAAAAGCAGAGGCGAUAAGAUGACUCAUAGUAAUUCGCGUUGAUGUACUUGAUUUUUUAUUCCCAUCAAUGAGUACUAUCCAAAGUAAUUAUCCUCAAAUGAAUUCCCGGAAUGUACAUUAUUUUUCACGACCUCCUAAGCAGAUCGAGUUACAGGAAAGUAAGGUAUCUCUUUACUUUGGCGUAUAAAAUGAUUCCGUAAAUUUCCAGUUGAAUUCAAGGUCAGGAUAUACAGGACGCCGGUUAUCGGGAGGUGGACAGACCGGUUGCGAAAGCAGCUGUUCCUCCGAGUAUAAGCGGCGUCUUUUGUUAUGUCAAAGUGUAUUUGGAGGCACUCUUCUUGCGCUCGAAAUAACUCGAAACCUUCAGAGGAGGUCUUGAGAAUUAAAUUCUACCGUACGUAUUUUUGAAGCUCGUCAUUUGAGGGAUCAGGACCCAUCCGUAGGUCUCUACCGAGACGUCAUAAUUAGAAAUGGACCUCCCACCCGCAGUUCUAAAAUUACAUAUGUACAUACAUAUUUACCGCGGUCGCGGCCUGCUUAUGAAAUCGGAACAAUGAACCUGACCGGGUUUCGUUAACCCGUUGUCUUCCAAAGAAGUCCUGCCUAAGACCUUGUAUGUUCUAUUAAAUACUAACGAGUAACGCAUACUCAAACAUUUUCCUUCCAAAGCAUUACGAUUCCGCUUUUCAGGCCUAGGAGUAAAUACGUUUACGUCUCUAUGAAAUCGUUCUAAAAAUAGUUGGCGUCGCAUAAACAUCGGCUUGAAAACAACCAGAAACUCUGUAUUCACUGAAUCACGCAUAGUAACGCACUUUCCUCGCCGCGUGGAUUUUUUAUCAAAUAAAAAACCGAAGAAAAUAA